UCCACCCCUCGGCCCCUUGCUAGCCGCCGCUCCUCGGCGAUUAGGACCAGGAAGCCCCUCCUUGUCUGUAAGGCGGGGACAAUAAUAUCCGGCUCGCUGGUGGCUGAGAGGUUAAGCGAGGUGAAGCUGGCCGAGCGCUGUGCGCCGUGUACGUAGUAACUGGCCCUGAGUUAGUGACAUUCCCACUCACUGAGCUGGGGACUGCCAUAUGGGGCUGGCAGGAAAAGAGAGAGCCUAUUUCUGGCCACGGUGGGAAACGGUUCCCGGUAGAGAUCCUAGAACUUGAAAAACAGAAAAGAUCUGCUUUUAGAGGAUGAUGCUAAGGGACACUAUGAAAUCUUGGAAUGACAGCCAAUCAGAUCUGUGUAGCAGUGACCAAGAAGAGGAAGAAGAGAUGGUUUUUGGUGAAAAUGAAGAUGAUUUGGAAGAGAUGAUGGAUUUAAGCGAUCUGCCUACCUCACUCUUUGCUUGCAGUGUCCACGAAGCAGUGUUCGAAGUCCCGGAGCAGAAGGAGAGAUUCCAAGCCCUUUUCACCCUCUACGAUGACCGCGUUACCUUUCAGUUAUUCAAAAGCUUUCGAAGAGUCAGGAUAAAUUUCAGCAAGCCUGAGGCGGCCGCGCGCGCUCGCAUCGAGCUCCACGAAACCGACUUCCACGGGAAGAAGCUGAAGCUGUAUUUCGCACAGGUGCAGAUGUCCAGUGAGGCCCGGGACAAGUCCUACCUACUGCCACCACAGCCUGCCAAGCAGUUCCUCAUCUCCCCUCCAGCAUCCCCUCCGGUGGGAUGGAAGCAGAGCCAAGACGCCAUGCCUGUGAUAAAUUACGACCUUCUCUGUGCGGUUUCCAAACUGGGGCCAGGGGAGAAGUACGAACUGCACGCGGGAACCGAGUCCACGCCCAGCGUGGUGGUUCAUGUCUGCGAAAGCGAAACUGAAGAGGAGGAACCCAAACUGCCCAAGCAGAGAAUCACCCAGACCCGGCGCCCGGAACCCCCCAGCACCGUGCGCACGGAGCCCCAGGCCUUCGACUGCGCGCUGUGAGCCCGGGCGGAGCCUCCGCAGCAGCUCUGGCCGUCGCCGCCUGGGGGCGCUGUGGUCCCAGGGGGUGAGGCUGCAAGGGACCCAGGCCCGUCCUUUCACUGCGGGUGGGAUGGAGUCGCCGCUGAUUUCACCCGA